UGCUCUCUCACGAGUUUAGAGGGAACAGUCAGGAAAACAAACAGGUCGAACGAAGAAAUAUCAGUAGCCGGUCUGUUGAAGAGGUUAUUUCACGGGGAAUGGCUUGUUUUCAUGCAUUUGUUAAUCCAUGCAUGUAGCUUUUUCUACACAUAUUCGUGCUUUCGAAUAUCGUUCGUUUUGACCCGUGCUAGCAGCAGAGUAUGUUGCCGCUUUCUAACAUUUGGUUUGGGUUUAUGGAGCACGUAGUCUAUCCGCUGCGGUGUUGUGUUUUUCAUGUCAGUGUUUAUCAAUUCUAACUCGACGUCCAUAGAUAGAUAUUGACCGCAUUCCGCUUUAAAUUCGGUACUAUACAUUUAUCGCUAUGCAUACGAGGCGUUUGGUGAAGCGUUCAAUCCUGGGGAGCCGGGUGUAUGCGCCGAGUCCGACAGGGGACGGGGCUCCGUUGACAGGAGUGGUACAGGCUGUCAAGCAGGAAAACAGAGAUGUUUCAACUGGACCUCGACGUAACGUCUACACGUUACUAAUGCAAGACGGAAGCCUGAAAGAAUUCUCCGAGGACGAGAUAGCCGUGGGCUUCAACCAAACGACGGCGAAAGGACCGCUCAAAUCCAGCUUGAAGCAGAGCUCCUGUAACGGCCGGGGGGACGGGACUCCACACCAGGGCCAGAACGGGGAGGCCAACUCCCUGAGCCCAGAUGCGGUGGAGGGGGAGCGGGCAGUGGAUGGCAGGAGGACAGGGCGCACCUUGGAGGGUCCUGAGAGGGACCACACCCGCUCUGUCUCCCUGCUGGACCAGAAACGCAAGGUGGUGUCAUCCAGCAUCGAUGUGCCCCAUGCCAGGAAGUCAGAGGAGGAAGUGGACAUGGACAAGGUGACAGCUGCCAUGGUUCUGACCAGCCUGUCCAGCAGUCCACUGGUCAGGAGCCCCCCUGUCAAAGUCAGCGAGGGUCUGAAUGGCUCGUGGAAGGAGAGUGGUGGGGGCUUCACCCCCUCCAGUUACAGCAGCAGUGGUUAUUGGAGCUGGAGCGGCCCUAGUGACCAGUCCAACCCGUCCACCCCCUCCCCACCGCUAUCUGCAGACAGCUUCAAGCCUUUCCGCAUGUCCAGCAUCAACGGCCCACCCCCCGACGAUGCCAUCGACGAACAGGAUGGCAGCAGCCUGCUCUUCGACGAGCCAAUCCCACGCAAGCGCAAGAACUCCAUGAAGGUGAUGUUUAAGUGUCUGUGGAAGAACUGUGGGAAGGUUCUGAGCACGGCUGCUGGGAUACAGAGACACAUCCGGACCGUUCACCUGGGGCGUAACUGUGACUCUGACUGCAGUGACGGAGAGGAGGAUUUCUACUACUCAGAGAUAAAACUCAACACAGACUCAGUGGCUGACGGUCUGAGCAGCCUGUCCCCCGUCUCCCCCUCCGUACUCUCCCCCAUCUCUCCCCCCCAUGACAACCUCAGACGACCCCCUGCAGAGGGCAGCAACGGGACCAAUGGGAACAAGGAUAAUCACACCCACUCCAACAGCACGCCCCUCAGUCGCUCCGCCCCCAGCGCCCUCUACCUCAUCCACGCAGAACACGCCUACCAGGCCACAGCUCCAGUCACCAUCCCCUUCUCAGGCUCUGGGUCUGGCCCUGGCCCAGGCUCUGCUGCCUCAGGCUCUGCUGCCUCAGGCUCUGCUGCCUCAGGCUCUGCUGCCUCAGGCUCUGCUGCCUCAGGCUCUGCUGCCUCAGGCUCUGCUGCCUCCACCUCCUUCACCCCCAACAGCAGCUCAACCUUCAGUAUCUCCUGGCAGUCACCUCCUGUCACCUUCACUGGCACAGCUGCAUCUCCCACCCACAGUCGGACACAGAGCUUCGGGGAGCAGCGGUCCCAGACAAUAGCAGUCCUCUCCUCCCCUCCCAGAGCCACUGGCUCACUCAGCCGUAAGUCCCGUGGCGAGGGUAAGAAGUGUCGUAAAGUGUACGGAAUGGAGAACAGGGACAUGUGGUGCACUGCCUGCCGAUGGAAGAAAGCCUGCCAGAGAUUUACCGACUGAACCAACCAAGUAACCGACCAGCCGUGAGGGUUGCCCGUGGGAACGAGGGGUGUUCCUUUCUGUUCCCUUCCUACGCAUGCGUUGUCACUCCAAAACCAACGUUGUCACACCCCUCUACAGUCCUGGUCCACUCCACCCCAACCCUAACCCGACCCCUCCUGACCCACCCCAGCAGGACCAAGGGGGUGGAGCCUCCUACUGUUUUGAGUAUAUCCCAAGCUAACUCCAGCUCCCUCCCAAGACAAAAAUAACCUCGGACCUAAUCGUCAGGUCAGCCAUAAAGGGACCAGAAAAGAGGCAKAUUUUGUCCCAGAACGUCUCAAUAUUUUUGUUUUUACUGAGAAUGGGCUUUUUUUGCUUUGAGAGAAGGCCAUAAUAAAAAGAGAACGGGGGAAAAUCAUUGUUUCCCAUGUAGACUCCUUUCUUCCCCACUGGCGCACUCUUUCUGUUCCAGCCUGCUUCUUCUACUGGGUGCUCUGGAUCUCUACAACCACAGGCCCCCUCUCUUCCCCGUCCUCACCCCAGGGAAUGUAUCUUGUGUCUGGACUCGGCAGGGGGAGAGGGAGGGGUGGAUAGCACCCCCUAAAGGGGUUAAAUGGAUCAAUGCAACAACAGCAAAAAUACAAAUACACAGUCGGGAUGCAGAACAGACUAACCUUGUCAGCAGCAAUGAGCCCUACACCACAACCCUGCAUCACAACCGCAACACAGGACCACACAGUUUUCUAUCUACAUUUUAUAUAUAUAUAUCCAGUUGACUGAAGCUAAAAAGGGUCAUUUUCUUUCAGGGAGUGUUGAUCAAAAGAAAGGAAACAUUUCAAUAUAGUUAUUUACAGUGAGGGUUUUGGUCACAUGAUAUUUACUUGCAACCAAAAAGUUUAUUUUGUAUUUUUUUUAUGUGCCAUUUUCCCUAAUGGUGUUAUUUCUCUGUAUCUAUUCUUCUUGGUGUAUUGAAAGCACAAAAAGGACUGUUUUUGCUCACUAAGAACUCAAAACAUUACACCCCUCCCACACACUUUGGGGCAAAACAAUCAACCGACUUAAAAUGGGGCUGCAUACAAGCGCCCCUUCUUCCAUCAGGAGUUAGUUCGUAUUUCUAYCGUUUUGUUUACGGGCGCCAUUCUUUACCAAAGCCCGUAGGUCACCUACAAGAUGGAGGGUGUCCYCUCAAUUUUCCCUUUCCUUUCCAAUACCAAAAGUGAAGCAAGAACUUUUACUGUAUGUGUGUGAUGUGAAUGAACACUUGUAAAGGCAGUAUGUGGCAGUUCCUGUUGGGUUGGYGUGAACAUCUCACUCUCUCACCCUACUCACUCUUGUGUUGACCUUCCAGGUCUGAGAGAAUAUUGGUGAAGUAGGYAUGGUAACACCACUUGUACCAUACUGUGGCUGGUCCAGCCCAGACCACCUUGUUGGAAAAUGGGAAGCUUUUUGGGAGAUUUCUUUAACUCUGCACACUGCACUCACUCCAGCUCGGCUGGCACAUCACUCUAUGGGCUUCAUAAGUAGUAAGAAACUGUGUGAUUGAUGGGUGGCAGAGGCCGAUCCACUGGUGCAGCUACCUGAUUGGUUAUGUGGACCAGACUGACCCCACCCACUCCACUUCCUCCUGAUGAGACUGGCCACCUGGUUGGCUUGGACACGGGAGGUUGACUCACUUUUGAAAGUGACAUUACUGUACGUGGUGGAUUAUGAACUCUGAUGGAAUCACUCUGUUGUCACCUAGCUAGUUCUCUCUGUCUGGUAGCUCAGACACUCUCUUGGCUGUUCUAAGGCUGCGCACCGCAAGCCUUCUUCCAAAGUGUGGACUUGCACAUUUCCGGUCAUGGAUUUAACAAUGGUGUCCAGCCAGUGUUUACACCAAUCCUAUGCUUUUAAAUCCAUGAAUGGGAGUAUGCACAUUUUGGGACACAGCCUAAAACUCUUAUAUGAAGGUCAAUAUAACAAGGUCAAAGAAGUACACACAAAGAAAAGUCAACACACAGUCCAACACCAGCUAUAUAAACACACUAGUAAACCCACUCUGUUCACACCAGCUAUAUAAACACACUAGUAAACCCACUCUGUUCAC